AUGAAAUCAUCGAUUUUAAAAAUAGUCGAUUUUAAAAAUAGUCAAUUAACACUAAAAGCGAUGAUAUUGGCUUUUAUUUUUGAAGACCUUUGGGAUUCAAAUCUUCAGUUAAAAAAACAAAUUAUCAGUGAUUUCUAUAACAAAAUUUCUAAAAAUGAUAUGAACCAAAAAUCAUUUUUAGCUGCAUUUAGCUCUACUGUCCCCCUAGAAAGUGAACAGAUUAUAAUAAAGAUAUUUGACCCAUUUGAUGCAAAAUCCAAACAUGAAUACGAAAAAUUAACAUAUGGAGAGAGAAUUAAACUUUGUUAUAGCUCAUUCAAAAAGGAAACACAUAUUUAUGAAGUUAUCAAAAACCACAAUAUGAAAUGUGAAAGUUCCCAAAUCAUUAAUAUUCCAACAAUAUAUCAAACUGGUUGCUUGAUGAUUAAUUCCAAUUACCUUUAUGAAUUCUGUGGGUUAUAUAUAGCAAUGCAGUAUUUAGGUGAUAGCAAACUUGCUACAGAAUCAGAUUUCAAAAAAGGGCUUUCAACAGCUUUCUUUGCUACAUCAAUUGCAAAUAUAUCGUAA